AUGGGUGUUGGAAUUAUUAUGUUGUAUAAUACAAGGCCUUUAUCGGGCCGAAUCCACCACAGAGAAUUUGAUUCUGGAGCAAAAGCCUCCUCGUUUAGAGAUGCCGACUCUGGGCCAAAAGCCUCCUCGUUUAGAGAUGCCGACUCUGGGCCAAAAGCCUCCUCGUUUAGAGAUGCCGACUCUGGGCCAAAAGCCUCCUCGUCAAUAGAUGUUGCUGAUUGUGGCCCAAGUGCUUGCUUUCGGGGCACAUUCCCAGAGCUUUUAAGCCCAAUGGAUUCGGCCAUCCCACGGCGGUUGGAUACCUUCUCCGGCUGCAAGGUUGAAGUAGAGAUCGACGAUGUUAGGGCAGUAGCUCUGGGCAAACCUGCGGUCAAGGAGCGAGUCGGACGAUAUGCCGAGUGCUUGUCUGUCGACCCCACACGACCUGAUGCACUCGUCGGUCUCGACCAAGUUUCUAAUCUUGUCGGCCACGAUCUCGGAGGUCGCACAUGUGUAAACUGUCGUCUCGCUCAUGCGCAGGCGACUCUCAAGCACACAUCGCUUGCCGGAUGA